GCAUCAGGAGGACGGGCGAGGCGACGGGUUUCUGGGGGCGGUUAUCUGCAGCGCGAGCUACCACUCCGAAGACGCGGACCUGCAGAAGGUGCGAGAGGAACUGAUGCCGCCGCCAAGGUUUUUGAAGAGUAUGCUUGCCAUCGCGCCGGCGGAGGGGCACGGCAGGGGAGUCUCGUUCAUGAAGCUCGUCGUGAAGCCCUCCCUGGAUAAGCAGAAGCAGUGGCACGCAGCAUUGCCCACCGUGGAUCAGUGCCGCCUGGAGGCCAGGCUGAUGGACGUUUUCAGCAAUUCCGACAACACGGAGUGCGCGUAUUGGUACGCGCAACUUCAUACCCUGUGCAAAAGUGUCGCACUAGUAGAAAUUGCACUGAGAAACUUAGGCGAAAAAAGAGGAAGGCUAAAUUUGUCAUGCAGAUUGAGGCACGGGAAGCAAGUAUCAGACUGUCACGCAUGGCCGCGAUUUGUAUUUGUGCAACCGCCAGUGCGAUACUUUUGCCAGGAUAGUAGACUUCGACCCGCCGUCGCAGACGUUUUACCUCCAGUGGGCGGAUGCUAAGCCCUUCGGGGAUGUUUUGGCGGAGUACCAGGCGUGGCUGGAGGGCGAGGGUGGUUCCGAUGGUGAUGAAGAUAGCGGUCUGGACACCUCCGGGAGCGAGGACGAAGACGACGAGGAGGUUCUGGAGCUCAUGUUCGAGCGCGCGCAACGGGAAAAAGACUUGCAGGACUACCUGCAGAACCCGGCCCAGCAGGCUGCCCUUGUUCCUGCGCGUUCCGGUAGUGGGGGAAGUGCGGCAUCCGGCGCAAACUCAGCCGCACAGCAGCGCUUGGCUUCUGCUGCCGGGCGACCCGCCGCUGCCCGUCCAAAUCGCGCUGUGGGCGGCCGGGCCAAACACCGAGGUCAGGAGGGG